AUUAAAGAGUAAGAUCAUAGAAAGUCCAAUUUUCCUCUGGCUUUUUGGCUCAAUGCUAUGUGUACUUGAAGGCUUCACCAAAGUUGGUAUGAGCUAUGUGUGAUUAGUCAUAGAAUCAGGAUUUGUUGACACAAGUUCCCUACACUUGGUUUUUUUUUUUUUUUUUUUUUCUUUUGUUUCUUUUUCACUCUACUGAAAGUGUUGAACAGUUGAUGAGUUUUCUUGCUUUACUAUAACCUGAAUUGAGGUGGUACUUGUGUUUGUGAAAUGGCUGCUAAUGCCACCCAAAACCAUGAUGGGUUGUUGCAAAACUUAAGAAAACAGCUUGCAGUGGCUGUUAGAAGUAUCCAGUGGAGCUAUGCAAUUUUCUGGUCAUUAUCAACUACACAACAAGGGGUGCUGGUGUGGUUUGAUGGAUACUACAACGGAGACAUCAAGACUAUGAAGACUGUCCAAGCCAUGGAAAUUAAAGCUGAUAAAAUAGGUUUACAAAGGAGCGAGCAACUAAGAGAGCUUUAUGAGUCUCUUCUGGAAGGAGAAAGUGAGCAGGCUAAUAAGAGGCCUUCUGCUGCAUUGUCUCCGGAGGAUCUCACAGAUGCAGAGUGGUAUUACUUGGUUUGCAUGUCCUUUGUAUUCCAUACUGGCCAAGGUUUGCCAGGAAGAGCACUUGCAAAUGGUGAAACCAUAUGGCUAUGUAAUGCUCAAUAUGCUGAUAGUAAAGUAUUCUCACGUUCUUUAUUGGCCAAGAGUGCAUCUAUUCAGACGGUUGUAUGUUUUCCUCAUCUUGAUGGUGUGAUUGAGCUUGGUGUCACUGAAUUGAUCCCGGAGGAUCCAAGUCUCCUUCAACAUGUCAAAGCUUCCUUAUUGGACUUCUCGAAGCCUGUUUGCUCAGAGAAAUCUUCCUCUCCUCCUCAUAAUGCAGAUGAUGAUAAUGACCCAAUUUGCGCCAAGGUCAGCCAUGAGAUAGUAGAUACAUUGGCAUUGGAGAGCCUAUAUUCUCCCAGAGAAGAAAUCAAAUUUGAUGGUGACGGAGUUGAUGACUUACAGGGAAAUAUCAAUGAAGAACUCCACAUGGAUUCUCCUGAUGAAUGUUCGAAGGGCUGUGAGCAUAAUCACCAGACUGAAGACUCUUUCAUGCUUGAAGGUAUUAAUGGUGGGGCUUCUCAAGUUCAAAGUUGGCAUUUCAUGGAUGAUGACUUCAGCAAUGGCCUACCAGAUUCCAUGAACUCAAGUGACUGUAUAUCUGAAGCUUUUGUGCACCAAACAAGGGCUACUUCUUCUCCAAAGCGCGAAAAUGUUGGAAAAAUUCAAUUGAAAGAACUUCAAGAAGGCAAUCAUACUAAACUAAGUUCCUUAGAUCUUGGAGCAGAUGAUGACUCACAAUACAAAAGAACUCUUUCUGCUAUUUUGGCAAGCUCAAAUCGUUUGACUGAAAACCUGUGUUUUCUUAGUUGUGGUAACAAAUCCAGCUUUAUGAGUUGGAAGAAAGGAGGAAUAACUGAUGGUCAUAGGCUACGAGUACAGCUGAACAUAUUAAAAAAGAUUUUAUUUACGGUCCCUUUGAUGUAUGGCAGUUGCCCUCAUAAGUCGCAGAAGGAAAUCUGCGGAAAAAAUUGCCUUACAACAAUGGGAAGGGAUGAUUUUUGCGCUGGACAUGUUUCAUCAGAUCAGAGAAGAGAGAAUGAAACAUUUAUGGUCCUAAGGUCAAUGGUUCCAUCUAUUUGUGAGGUUGACAAAGCAUCAAUUCUCAAUGACACUAUUAAAUACUUGAAAAAGCUUGAGGCAAGAGUAGAAGAGUUGGAAUCCUGCAUGGACUCUGUUGAUUUUGAGGCAAGGCCUAAAAGAAAUCACCUGGAUAUGGUAGAACAGAUAUCUGAUAACUAUGACAACCAAAAAAUUGAUCAGGGAAGGAAGCCUUGGAUAAACAAGAGGAAGGCCAGUGACAUUGAUGAAACUGACCCAGAAACCAAUAAAGUUGUUCUCAAAGAUGGCCCACCAUUCGAUGUGAAAAUCAGUAUUAAAGAGAAAGAGGUUCUGAUUGAGAUGAGAUGUCCAUAUAGAGAAUUUAUAUUACUAGAUAUCAUGGAUGCUAUAAACAAUCUGCACUUGGAUGCCUACUCAGUUAUAUCGUCAAAUCUUGAUGGCAUUCUCACCCUGGCCCUUAAAUCUAAGUUUCAAGGAGCAGCCGUCUCACCAGCAGCAAUGAUUAAACAAGCUCUAUGGAAGGUUGCUGGCAAGUGUUAGGAAGUCGGAUCAAACUAGUAAUCGACCUACACUAGUAGGAUUUUCAAUUCUGUAGAUUUAGUUUCU